CUAUUGAAAAAAUUCAGAGAUUUACAAUUUACUUUUUAAAGGGAGCCCUCUAUAGACUCGGAGUAGAUAUACAAAAAACAAAUGUAGAUAUGGCGAAGCCGAAGGAUUUUAAUUUGGCAGAGCAGUUUGGGUACAAUGCGGGUGAUUACGGAUCCGAGUUUGAAUUUGACGAAGAGCAGGACAAGAGAAAAAGGGCUAGAGAUGAUCUGGCUACCAAGAGCAGCCGCUCUGUAGCUGCUGUGCCAUCCAAGCGUCUAGUCCAAGACGAAUAUAGCAGGGAGGAGGGUAAAGCCCAACGCUUUCAUUUCCUGGCACUGACUGCUUAUGGACGUCACAAGGAACUCGUGAACAACUACCUCUUGUACUACCCAGACGCUAAGGAACAGCUGUUCAAGAGAAACACUGCAAAUGACAAAACCGACUUGGAUGUGAUUCGCGAGAAUCACCGGUUCUUGUGGGAACCCAAAGACGAGGCCGAGACGAGUUGGGCCAAGAAGCUUGCCAAGCGCUACUGGGAUAAACUCUUCAAGGAGUACUGCAUCACAGACCUCAGCAGAUACAAGGAAAACAAGAUUGCGCUGCGAUGGAGAAUUGAGAAGGAGGUUGCAGAGGGCAAAGGUCAUUUCAGCUGCGGUAACAAGCGGUGUGCAGAACGGGAAGGGCUGCGUAGCUGGGAGGUCAACUUUGCCUACGCUGAACACGGCGAGAAAAAGAAUGCGCUGGUGAAGCUCAGAUUGUGUCCCAAGUGCUCCUACAAGCUCAACUACCAUCACAAGCGCCGUGACGUGACACGGCAGCCAAUGAAAAGACCGUCCAGCAAGAAGGACACUCCAGAACACAAGAGAUCUAAGCAGAAACAUAGACGGAAAGAGAAGCACAAACACAAGAAACAUCGUAAGAAGCACAGGAGAGAAUCACCAUCUUCUUCCUCAUCAUCUGAGGAAUCGGAGGAAGAAUCGUCGCAAGGUAAAAGUCAAGAUGCAGCAGGAAGCAGUGGUGUAUCAGACAGCAAGUUUUGGAGCGGGCCCGCACCUGUGGUGGACGAUAAAUCAAGGGACGACGAAUUUGAAGACUAUUUCCAAGACAUAUUCCUCUGAAUUUCUCCUGAGAUGCUCUUCCUGCAGUAGAUUCUAUAAAGCACAAUCUUCGGACGCCGUGGCUGAAUACAAUACACACAGGCUUUCUAGCAAGAAAUAGAACGGAAUGCGUGUUGUCUUCCAAGUAGACGUUUCCUGCCAAUGUGUGAAGGUUAACGACUGUGGUUGUUAGAAAGUCCACCCGUCCGAACAUAUGGUGGCCCGAGAAUACGUUUGCAUCUUUUAUCUGGUUUGCGACAAGGAACACAACUUUUUAAUAAGUACUCAGUCAGCAUAAUGUUUAUCUGUGGACUGUAUUGUGGGGACUUUCGAGUGUCCCUACAAACUGUUUGGUCCCCAUAAGAUCUUUUGUAAAACUGGAGAGUGAAGUCCACACAACUACAGAACAAAUAGGUUGCAGUGGUACUGGCUGUAAGGCCACACUCCGAGCUCUAGUGUUCCUUCAUUGAGUCCAUAGUACAUACAUGUUUUGUAAGAGCAGUAUAUAGUGGUGCUCCCUAACGUGGCGCACUUCGAGGUUUCCCCCGACUUUCCUCCGA